AUGCCUAUUUCCCGCUCUUUUAUCUUAGAUGAUUCAUUACCUGACGAAGGGGACAGUGCAGCUCAAGUACACAUCAAUUCCCAAUACAAAGUUCGUGUAUCCUCGCUCUCCCUGACUUUAAACAAAGCCAAAUAUCCCCUAGCAAAGAUCAAGAUUGCAGGACUAACAUCUCUGGUUAAUAUGAGGGAGAAUAAUAUAAGUGUGAAAGGAAAGCUAAUGAAGAUUAAUUUGACGGAUAUGUCACCUCAUGGCAAAAUGUACCGAGAAAAGUUAGUACAGUAUACAUAUUGCAUCCAAAAUUACUAAGUCAUGCAGUGGUCGACAUUUACGCCAUUCCGUAUAUAUACUAACAGGGGUCAUUAAAGUGGGGACCGCUGGGUCCGACGAUCGCAGGCAUAUUUCAGAAACAACAGCUUGCAGGCACAUUUUGUAAAACAUUUGAAACCAGAAAUUCUAAAAUAAAUUUUAUAACUCUUAUUUUAUUAUGUAUUUUACUAUCUGUUACUAUUUGACUGUAGUUAAUGUUUAUUGGGUAACAACCCCUGUAUAUAGUAAAAUGGCUGACGGAAUAGUAAAAUUCAUCAUCUCAGUAUUCAGUUUGUAUAGUAGAAACACUUCUGGUCGGUGUCAAUUGACCAUUUGCGUAAUAGACUAAAUUUUGAUCUCAACAAAAGUUUCAUUACAGCUUGAAAGAGCAUCACAAAAUUAGUAAUAUUCCAAAGUUUCGUUGCAAAAUGUUGUAAAAUGCGGAAAAUAUAGCCUUGCGAAAUUUGCAAUUUUCAGUCAUUUUAGAUUACAAACCGGAUUGUGAUGCUCUUUCAAGCUGUAAUGAAAUUUUUGUUGAGAUCAAAAUUUAGUCUAUUACGCAAAUGGUCAAUUUAUAAUACAUAGAUUCUUGUUGCAUAAAUAAAGUGAACAGUUUAGAACUGUUAGAGAUAUCAAUCUAAGUGCUGAUUCCAAAUCCAUUUCAAAUUAAAUCUUUUCUGUCUUUCAGGUUUACAACAUGUGGAGAGGAGGCUCUGGAUUUCGAUUAUUUCAGGUAAAACCGUAAUUGUUGCAUCUCUGUCGUGCAGUGGAUGCUGGUUAACCAACAAUUGUCAGAAAAAGAGAAAAUAACAAAACUAAAGAUGGGGACUGCAAGUUGUUGUGUUGACAAACAAGAACACGUCAUAGAUAUCUUAUAUACACUAAGUAAAAUUGAAGCCAAGAAUAUUCCAGCGGUUACCCCCAUUUGAAUAGAUGGCGGUCAUGUUGGAGUUUCCCACUCGCUAAUAAACGCUUAAAAAACAACAAUAACUUUCAUCAUUUGAAUAGUUUAAAAACGUAUUUGGAAUAGGUUUAACUUAAUGUUUAAGUUCCCUGUUUAAGAAAUGGAAAACAUACGAAUCUUCUCAUUUCGUGGGAAUAUCCCGAGUCUGCAAUCACGGCUUCAAUUUUUGAAUUGCAGAAUAAUUAGAUGCACUAUCUAGUGUAUAUAAGAUAUCUAUGGCACACACGGCACAAACGCGGAUAAAAUAAUGACCUGGCUGUUUUAGAAUCACGUUUUGAUAAAAUCCUUUUCACUAUAAACGUAAAGUGAACUACAACGUUUCUGAACUUUUUCAUUUCAUCUUCAGAUAUGGUGACCCUGACCCAGAAUUACGUAAUGACUACGACAUGAAUAUUAAACUGCGCAUGUCCGCUGUGCAAUAUGUUCACACGAAGAGAUUUCAAUCCGAACUCAUGGCAUUCGGCAAUCAUUUCGCACAAAUACAAGAAUCCUUGAGGAGGAUGAGAACUGUCGCGGCAGGCAAUGAGGUAAAGAAGUCGAGGGGGGUGUUGUUGUUGCACGCACUGAGUUCGUGUACAUGAGAACUCACCAUCAAGUAUUGUCGGCUUAAUAGCUCAACAGGUAGAGCAGUGGACUAGAUUCAUGACGGUUAAGAGUUCAAAUCUCGUGUACUUAUAAAGUGUUAAUCUAUAAGAAUUACUCACUACCAAUCUCUGUAGACUUGAUAGCUUAAAUCAUUGUUGAAAAUUGAAAAUUUUCAACUUCAAAUUUUUUUCCCGACGGAAAAUUUGUAUCGGCCAAUCACAUUUUACAAAAUGUUUUUGAAAUGGGCCUUACGAAUUACUCACCACCAAUCUCUGUAGGCUUGAUAGCUCAACAGAUAGAGCUGUGGACUAGAUUCCUUAAGCUUACAUUUUAGACAAAAGUGAUAGUUCUGAACACCACAGUGAUCAACACCGUCAAUCACUGUGGUGUUGAUAAAAUUAACCUUACUGAUAUAUUUUCGCAGUCUCUUUAUAUUUUAAAACGUCACUUGUAUAUAUUUUAUUACAGGUAGCCGAAGCGUCAACUCGUGCUACACGAGUAUCUCUUGACAUAAGUGCCGGUACACCCUUGAUGAUCUUCCCUAAGUCAUCAACGUCAGAAGAUCUACUGGUCGCAAACCUCGGUCACAUGACCCUAAAGAAUCAAUUUCUGUUCGUCGGUGAAGAGGGUACGAUUCUCCGGGGUCUCAGUUCCGAGGAAGAGGAUGAUGAACUUGAAAUAAUAAAUGGUGGGUGUGCAGGUUUGUUUGUUUGUUUGUUUGUUUGUUUGUUUGCUUGCUUGCUUGCUUGCUUGCUUGCUUGCUUGCUUGCUUGCUUGUUUGUUUGUUUGUUUGUUUGUUUGUUUGUUUGUUUGUUUGUUUGUUUGUUUGUUUGUUUGUUUGUUUGUUUGUUUGUUUGUUUGUUUGUUUUGAAAGUUAUCUUGAAACAUGGUGGUAAGACAACCUGGUAUUUUUAUUUCUUGCAAAAAUUUAGGUAGGGUUGCUCGAGUUAUUUUUUUUUGGUAAAUUUUUUUCGUAAAUGAUCAUGAUUGAGAAUGAUAUUCUACGUCGUUUACGGCAGCACAGAUGCCACAAACAUUUGUUAUAUCACAAACUGUUUUUCCUGAUAUAGCUAGUACGAACCGGGUGCGAGAAAUUGGCCCGAACCCUUUGCAAACUUCAGAUAAGAAGAUAAGAUAAUACUGAUGGAGAUAAAUUUUCAAGUAAAUUCUCUUUAGACAAAAGCAGUGUUUCUGGAGCGGACGAACAACCAUGUCUGCUUGAUCACAUGGACGUUGAACUGGUGGACAUUGACUUAUUCUCGGCUGUAUCAUUUUUGCAAGAGGGAGAUACGUUCUCGUAUAAACGACAGGUAGAGAUUAUUCAUUGUACAAAGGUCGGAUAGCACUGUCCACCUGAUUGUGAUUUUUCAACCAUUGUAAAUACACUUGUAGCUCUCAAUUUAUAAAAAGAAGCUUUAAUUUAUAAAUACUAAAGUUUAGUCUCGGUUAUAGCAAAAUAACGGGGAAUUUUGGAAAGCUUGACAAAAAUCACUAACUGAUGGAUAGCGCUAUCUGGUCUUGCUGCAACCGGAGCGCUAUCUGGUCUUGCUGCAACUCGAAAAUUGUAUGCUACUGUCUUAAUACCGUACUUCUUGAGAUAAUCAGUUGUCUUAUGUUUGACAGGGAAACAAGCUAUUUAAAGAGACCUGCAAGCUGGAUUUAAUGAUUGAACGAAAUUUAGACUGGGCAAGAACCAGAGCUGGUACAGUAUGAUUUUAGUUGUAUUUACUUGUGUAGGUUAUCAGUAAUGCUAAGUUUCCGUUGUUCUUCUCUAUGCUUCCAUAAAUCAGAACAAUAGCAACUAGAGGCCAGUAUGCUGUUUGACAAAAGUGUCAGUAGGGUGGAAAAGGCCCAUGGUCAAAUGUCCUUGUGACUUACUUCCAUAGAGCUUAAAACGAUCGCUUUCAUUAACUGGCUUGAUAUGAAUUCAAAAAGGCCAUUUUCUGGCGAAUUCAGACAGUGGUUUUUUCUGCUGUCCAUAGUGCCCACUAUAAUUUUUGCCACCUAAAAUCGUAGACUUUUUAGCGUAACGUAACCUCAAUAUCCUUUUUCAGUUCCAGACAUGAGUAUCUGGGGUGCUCUCUCCUCCAUGCACGUUAACCUUGAUUACUCUCAGUAUGGGUUGAUUCUUGGAUUUCUGAACCAAAAUCUCGGGGAACCCUUGGAGGCAUUUGAACGACCAUCAUCCUUUGUAGCUGACCCUUUGGAAGAAAAGACGGUUAGUAUUACAGUUGUUUGUUUAAAAUUGUCUAAGUACAAGAGGUGUGCAUCGGAUUGGAUUGGACGUUUAUAAUCCGACAAUUGGCUAAUGUUUAAAAUCCGAUCCGAAAUUAUCUAAUCCGAUUCGAUCCGAGUUUUGAUAAUGAAUUCCGAUCCGAAGAAUCCUUUAAUAAAAUAAAUUUUUCAUUCAAGUGGAAAUAUUUAACCAAAUAAAUAUAAAAGCAAGAAAUACAUGUCAAGAAGCUGACAAAGUGACGUCCAAUUGAAUUAUCAAACGAAUAAUGCAGCGACAACCGCGUUGUCGUGGUUAAUUAAUUCAUUUUAUUUCGAAUAUCGAAGUCCGAUCCGACUACGAAACAACUUUAUCAACCCGAUCCAAUCCGAAAUGAAUAUAUUUGUUCCGAAAUCCGAACGAAUCCGAUCGGAUCGGAUUUGCACACCUCUACUAAGUACACCUUAAGUCUUAGUUUCUACCAGUUCAAGUACGCCUCAGUAAUUAUUGGAGUGCCAGUUAGGUACAGCUGAAAUUGGUGAAUCAUCGCACCCUGAUUAGUUUAUUUGUUAGAACAAUAAGGACAGUUUUAGAAAUGUAUAGGUUUUGCAUAUAGUAUAAAUGAAUUUAAUUCUUACUUUUUUGGCUUUUUAUCUAAUAUGUUGUUGUGUGCGUUUCUUCAUUUCUAGUCAACUGAAACCAAUUUAUGGACGACAAUUAAGAUGAUAAUUGAUCUUGUCAAUGUGAAAGUCGAGCUUCUUCCUUCCACCUCGCUCCAUGAGCGCAAGACAUUCAUUGAGCCAAGCUGUUUCUCAUUUGCUAAAAUAGACUUCAUUAAAUCAAAGUUUGUCUUCGAGGGCUUCUCUGAUUGGUCCAAAACCAUGGACUUGGUUUCCCAAGAUGUUCUACUUCAUGACACCAGGAAUGAAGGUUAGUUACAUACUUGUAGUUGCACAUGUACUUUUAUUGAAGGUGGCCAAAAACUGAUUUGCAGUUAGGGAGAGGGGGGGGGUUCGUGGGAAUGUUGGAGAAGUUCUCAAGUACCGAAAAGCUACAAUGGUGAUUUGGAAAGUUGUUUUCCGUAGUGCUAACUUGUACGGUUUAGAUUUUAGAAUUUUUAAUUUUUAAGAUCUCCUAACUUUUCCAACCGCAGCUCAUGUAGUUGUGUUGUUCUGUCCAUAGCCUAUCGAAGGGGAGAUGGCUGUGAGACUCAUUAGAAUGACAAUAUAACUCGUUAUCUAUGUUGGUUAAUAUCUGUUGUCACCAUACUUACCCGUGUGGAUGGUUAGGUGCAGAGGUGGUCAGCUAAUGAUCUCCGGAUUUGAGUUACUUGGAUUCAGGUCCGAAUCACGUGGACCUGUCCAUUCAGGACCUGACCACCGAACGUCUGCACCUUAUCACACCGAACUUAGUUCGAUGGAAAUUAAAUCGAAAAUCCAUUGUAGUCAUGAGCAGAUUACUAUUGCAGUUGGCUACGAAUUAGCUAAUGACCCGAGAGUCUGCUUGGCGCACUCUAUAUCCGAUAUCCUGAGGGCACAUGUCGUACCCAGACUGCGCGCGGUUCCUAUGAUAUUAACCUUGGUUACUAUGUAACCUCAUUCAACGUUUAUUCAUAAAUCUGGUCCUUCACCGUCACGUGUGCAUUCUAUUUUUACCCAACUAACCAAUAGCAAUGUUUUAGGAAAGUCACGUAUCCGUGACUCGAACAAUAGGGAAACUGGAAAUUGCUAUUGGUGGAUUUGGCAGAAAUACAAUACACACGUGACGGUGAAGGACCAUAUUUUUAUGAAUAAACGUUGACUAACACAGAUAAUGAGUUAUAUUGUUAUUCUAAUGAGUUUCACAGCCAUCUCCCCCUUCGAUAGGCCAUGUUCUGUCUUAAUUUAAAGUUCCCAGUUGCUGGUGACGACAAGCAUACUCGACCGAGUUCAUGUGCAAUCUUUUAACCAUAUUCUUUUUGGUUGUAUUCUGCUAUCGCAAAGUCUUUAUUAACUGGUGACCCUUGGUGGGUCCCUAAGGAGAAAGGUUUUGAUGAAACUAGCUAUUCGAAUGGAAAGGAAUGUUUUCAAUAUUUUCAUUUCUUAUAGGAUCAAACGAUCGUUAUUUUAAAGAAGUGCUCCGUCCUGGCAAGCGGCUAGCAGUCAGUCAAACAGGGAGACGUGACAAUGCUCUUAUGUUUGAAGUUCAUUAUCGUGACAGCCCAACGAGAACAAGCAUGACAUUUAUAUUCAAUAACAGUCGCAUCACUCUGUUGCUUGACGCCAUUUUGGAUAUCUACAACUUCAUCAUGAACAAUUGGGACAGACCUAGUCAAGGUAUGGUAACUAAUGUUUGUGGGUGGUAGUGUAGGGGAAAUAUUGUAUUUAGUAUUUACUCUAUUCACCCCCACCCCACCCAACCCCACCCCACCCUCUGUUAAUUGAAUCAGUUUCAAUAUACACGCGUAAAAAUCAUCAUGUUGAUGCAAGUUGUUCAAAACAGGAGUGAACAAUGUUGUGCUGCACCCCGUGAACAAUAUUGUCAACAAGUUGUUGAACCAUCAGUAUUGUUGCAACUUGUUGACAAUCAUGUUAACAACUUGCAACAGUACUGAUGGUUGAACAACUUGUUAACAAUAUUGUUCACGGGGUGCAGCACAACAUUGUUCGCUCCUGUUUUGAACAACGCCGAACAACCUGAUCAAUUUUUACCCGUGUAUGUAUAGCGAAAUACGAACCCUAUAUGGUAUGCACAGAUAAGACUGAAUCUAAAGAUGCACUUAUUUGAACUGAUGAAUUUUUAAUGAGAAGAUUGUAUUGAAAUUUUUCUUCACAUUUCUGUCUGGGACGAUUCUGUAAAUUGAUAAAUUUUUAAAGAACGUGAAAAUCUAUUUAACCAUCAGCCUCUACCCACACUUCUACCGUCUGAGCUUUUUUUAACCCCCUGUUUAGAACCACUGGGGAAAAUAAGAUCUAAGGGGGCUAAAUAGAGCACAUAUGGUCGCUGAAAAGAAGGCGAGCAAAGGGCAUUGAACCAUUUCUUUAAUACUUAGGAAAGGAAUUUGUUUAGCUCCUUCUAUUGACGCAUCCCUCUCCCAUCUCAACAUAGCAACACUUAUUGUAUAUCCUUACUAUAGAUUUAUUAAUUGUCCUCAAAAUUUAGCGUGACGUUUUGUUCAUAUUUGCAUUUACAUUUCCACUCGAUAAUUUCCAUCUACAAUUAGACCCUUCAACUAUUAUUCAAUCGAGUGAGAUGCUAACAAAAUCUUGAUAUUUACCCAUAACCUAUACAUGGCAGUACCCUAAUAUAUAUACAUGAACUUGUGGUUAGAGCUCGACUACUGGCUUCUGUAGCUCAGUUGGUUAGAGCGCUGCAUCAGAAUCGCAGGGCCGCACGUUCGAUUCCUACCAGAGACCUAAAGUUGCAUUUUUCGCAACUGUUCCUGGUUAAAGUGCACCUGACCUCAAUUCUUUUUAUAAUUUCAUUCUGAAGAACUUCUGAAAUUAUAUAAUAACUUAUUUUGAAGAUUUUCGUUUGCACACUUUGUCUCUGAGUUAUUUCAGUUUUAUUGAUAUGCAGAUGUCCGGAAUUUACGUCACAAAUGCAUAAUGACUUAAAGUAAAAGCUUGUAUAUCGCAUUCACUAUCGAGUUUAAAUCAUUAAAAUCCAUAGUGACGUUGUGGGAGGAUUACAUAUACCUAUGUAAAACACCAUUUAGCCUUUUUAUUUCAUGAUAUUUAACUGUACCUUAUUCUUUGAUCGGUCAUUAUUCACAUGUGACGUAAAUUCCGGACAUCUGCAUAUCAAUAAAACUGAAAUAACUCAGAGACAAAGUGUGCAAACGAAAAUCUUCAAAAUAAGUUAUUAUAUAAUAUCAGAAGUUCUUCAGAAUGAAAUUAUAAAAAGAAAUGAGGUCAGGAGCACUUUAAGUCUAAUAAAUCUAUAUAAAUUUCCACUCGAUAACUUCCGUCUACAAGAUUUUUAAACUAAUCAAUUGGCCUUCUUUCCAGCGAGCUUCCUCUUAAAUGUAACUGAAAUAAGUAAGCCCCAUAUUUACUCGUGGAAGGGGUAUUUUGUGAAUUUAGAUAAAAAUGAACAGGCUGUGGCAACCAAACAACAAUCUACCGAUGAAACAACUGAAAACGGCAGCAUUCAACAGGCGGAUCAACAACCUGAAAACAAGAACCAGGUCACUGUUCUGGUCAUAUUAAAACAAUUAUCGUAACGAUUUAUCGUAACAAAUUUUAUGAAUUAUCACAAGAGAUUUUUGAACAAUUAUCGUAACUUGUUAUAUAAAUUAUCGUAAGAAAUUAUAUGAUUUAUCAUAAGAGAUUUUUGUUAAAACGUUUUGUGUUUUUUGUUUUCCCUUAUAUUUUUUUCUUUUCCGUUUUUUACAGAAAUCGUUUGAAAUGAAAGUGAAUGUAUCUGGUUCAGAAUUUGUUGCACUUCAAAAUGUAGAUGUCGAGGAUACUGAUGCCGUUAUACUCAGAGUAAGUGUUGUACCGUGGUUCCAGAGGCACUUAAACAACAGCGAAGCAAAAGAAACUAUAGAUGACGGAAAAGCUUCUGGUCAAAUCGAUUGCGAAUUUUAUUUCCAUACUUGAUGGUUCAGAAUCGCACUACAUAUUUAACAGGCUAACUACAUCAGUUAAUAAAAACUGCUAUAUUUUUAUUAGCAUGAAAAAGUAAAUCUAUAAACUUUUAGUACUAUUUAAAACACUAGCUGAUCUAUCAGAUUUUUAAAACACGAGGCGACAGUCGAGGAUCUUAUAUCUGAUAAAGCACGGGUGGCAAACGACUCAUCUUAUGAGUUCAUUGGCGAAGUAAUUUUAAAAGACAACUUUGUCUAAGCCGAGAAAAUCAAAGCUAAAGUUUAUGUAAAUUAACAUGAUUUUUUAUCACAUAUAAAACCACGACACAGUAGUGAUUUAUUUUGUCGUUUCCUCAUGAAUUAUUGAUAUUUUCCUCAUGAAUUAUUGAUAUUUUUAAAGUUUAAUAAAAAUGAGACUUGUGCUGUUAAAAAAUGCUUCAUAAUUUGCUUCGCAUUAAAAGCGUUGACGUUCACAUCAUAAAACAUCACGUAUCUUUCAAUUUCAUAGAUGACAGCUGUCCUGGCUUGGCGUCCGCAUUACAAAUCGCAAAAGCCACUGUCGUGUAGUGUCCAGAGCCUGGAAAUCUUCUCAUGUAACUUGUCAUGCGAGGACGACACUGCUUUAUCUAUCAUCGAUCCAAUGGCGGGUCUUAUUGAACUCAACGCUGCAGAAAGACUUCACAAAAGAAAAACGCAAGGCCUACUUGAUGCUACCCUCGAAUCCCUGCCCAGUCUUGAGGUUAUUAUUAUUAUAUUUAUUAAACUUAAAUGGUAACCCUUCUAGGUUUUUAACGUAAAUUAUUGCAACGAAAUAAUUAUUCUUCUUUUCCAUAAAAUAAUUCGUUUUAGGUGACAUUGAAUUCUCUUAAUAUGAGAAUAUCUUAUCAUGACUACAAGUUGUUCCAGAGGAUCGCGGAGUCGCUGUCUAAGCAAUUGUCUAAAGCUAUAAAAAAGGAGAGGGCUGGAUCCGAACCAAAGGUCGAGGAAGUUGAAAGUAACCCGUAUGUUCAUGGUAAGUUUAUUGUUCACUUCACUGAAUAUGCAAAAAUUGAACUGGAUUAGAUUUUUUAAUUCAAAUUUUAGUUUUGUUUUGUUUUGUUUUACACCAGAGCUUGAUAUAGCUCUACUAAACUGGAUAUAGCUCUAUCGGUUCCGAAUGUUUUCCCAGAGGUCCAUUACUAGACACCCCUUCGGCUUUAGUGUUACUACAAGAGGAAACUAAACUGUAAGCAAAGAAAAUUAAACUAAACUGGUGGCAAAGAAAAUUUAAAGCUCUCAUCAACGCGCAAUCAUCACUUGCACAAAGCUUAAGUAUUAAACGAUAUUUGUCUCGCUUAUUUUCAGGUCCAUCACUCAAACGCUUACAAGAACUUGGCUUUGAUGAAAGUGAUUGUGUCAGAGCAUUAGAUGCGUGUCGCGGUGACGUUGAGUCAGCGGCUACGUGGUUGCUUCUUAAUGCUAAACCUUCCCGACCGGCCGAACAGCUUACUGGGACUGAAAACAAGAGCAAGCUCUCGGGUUUUGAGGUAAUUUAUAAACUAAACUAAACUUAACUUAACUAAACAAAAGCAAGUAAACGACAGCAAAUCGUAUGGCUUUUAAAAUUUUAUCGCAACUAAUUGAAAUUCAGUGUAUUCUUGAUAAAUUCUGGACAUCAUUUCGAUCUUGAAAAUAGAUCUUAUUUCAACAUGGCUGCCGAAUAAAUAUUCUUUUAUGUUAUAAAUUAAGCCCGUAUGUAUUUUUGUCAAUAUGAUCUACGUUAAACCAUAGCCUAUCGAAGAGAAGAUGGCUGUGAAACUCAUUAGAAUUACAACAUAGCUGAUUAUCUAUGUUAGUCAACGUUUAUUCAUAAAUCUGGUCCUUCACCAUCACGUGUGUGCGGUAUUAUAUAUAUAUAUAUAUUUGCCUAACUAAUCAAUAGCAAUGUUUUAUAGGAAAGUUACUCCGUGACUUGAACAAUAGAGUGAAUUGGAAAUUGCUAUUGAUGGAUUUGACCAAAAUACAAUACACACGUGACGGCGAAAGACCUUAUUUAUGAAUAAACGUUGACUAACAUAUAGAUAAUGAGUUAUAUUAUGAUAGAGUUUCACAGCUAUCUUCCCUUCGAUAGGCUAUACGAGUAAACUAAAUAAAAUGAAUAACUUUCUUUCCUUUAAUUGAGGCUUUUCGCUUUUUACGGUUUUAUCUUCCAUUUUGUUUCUGCAAAAUCAAAAAUAUUUGUGGUCCCGUGGUCUGUUAUAUUGUGCAUCCCUGGAGAAGAAUAGUUCCAGUUUGGCUCCACCAAACAGCGAGCAUGGUAUAAGAUUCAAUGACCUGGAAAAUACAAAAAAGAACUUCGAAGUUUGGAAAAAGUUAUUUUCGUAUUUUUCAAGUGGUUGAAUCUUCUACGGUGUGUUCGCUGUUUUAGAGUCAAAGUGGAAUCACUCUUCUCACGUGCGACUGAAGUGAAGUAUCAUCAGACAACUGUUUAUUGCAAACAUCAAAUUUCGACCAAGGGGUCAAAGAAAGGCAUGUAAUAACUACUUUGCCAUCAACACUCCUGGAUUCGCUCACACAAAACGAUUUUUUUCGGAAGACUGGUAUUUUGAAGGUCGAGUAUGACUUAGUGUUUGUAUAAUUUCUUGUAUUUUAGAUUCGUGCAAAUUCUAUCUGUGUGUGUCUGAUUGAUGAUUGCGGAGACAACGAUGUUCCUCUUGUAGAACUUCUGUUACAAAGUAAGUAAAUCUUGCACAGUUAUAAACUUAUGAUACACGUGAAGUUAAGGAGACUGUUCGUCCAUUAGAACACUCUAAAUUUAUUGGUGUUGAUAACAGGUUGUUGAAACAGCAUUGAUAUACUGUAAUGCUUGUGAUGUUAUUCUGAGUAUAUAUCCACACCGGGCAAGCUUGAAAAAUAUGCCUGACCACGGUGGGAAUCGAACCUACGACCUUUGGAAUACUAGCCCAAUGCUCUGCCAACUGAGCUACGCGGUCUGGUCGGUUCGAGCAUGUGAUACUUCGAUUCCCACCGUGGUCAGGCAUAUUUUUCAAGCUUGCCCGGUGUGGAUAUACACUCAGAGUAACAUCACAAGCAUCAUAUUCACCUGAGUACAUUACACCAACAAAGAAAAAAUCAUGAUUAUUAGAUUACAUUGAUAUCGAAGGAACUAGAUUCUUUUCCGAAUUAUCACAUGCCCGAACCGACCAGACCGCGUAGCUCAGUUGGCAGAGCAUUGGGCUAGUAUUCCAAAGGUCGUAGGUUCGAUUCCCACCAUGGUCAGGCAUAUUUUUCAAGCUUGCCCGGUGUGGAUAUACACUCAGAGUAACAUCACAAGCAUAAUAUUCACCUGAGUACAUUACACCAAUACAGAAAAAAUCAGCAUUGAUAUAAGUUGGUUUGUUAUACAAGUUGUGCGUUUUCAUGUGUGUUGUUAUUUUACCUGACGAUGAAAUGUUUCUUAUUCCUAGAUCUGUAUUUCUGGUAUGAACUUCAUGGUGUUAGUGAUAGUUCCGCUCAAUGUACGCUUUCCUCUGACUACUAUAAUCGCAGUGUAUCAGGAUGGGAACCUUUGGUGGAACCUUGGAAGUAAGUUGAACUAAACUAAACUAACUUUAUUUGUACUAGAUAGCUCUGUCUGUCCUAAAUUUUAAUUGUUCUACCUAGGUGUCCACUGGCGCCAGCCUUUAUUCGUCGAGUAUUACUAGUUAAACUAACUUGCACUGGAUAACGCCAUUAGUUCUGAAAUAUUCUUCCUAGAGGUCCAGUAAGGGCUGUUUUCAAUGCUCCAGUUAACAAAACCAUCGAUAUCUUAUAUACACUAGAUGAUAGCGCAUCUCUUUUAGUAAAAUUGAAGCCAAGAAUAUUCCAGCGGUUAUCCCCAUUUCAAUAGAUGGCGGCCAUGUUGGUCGUUCCCACUUGCUAAUAAACGCUUAAAAACAACAAUAACUUUCAUCAUUUGAAUAGUUUAAAAACGUAUUUGGAAUAGGGUUAACUUAAUGUUUAAGUUCCCUGUUUAAGAAAUAGAAAACAUACGAAUCUUCUCAUUUCAUGGGAACGACCUAAGACUGCAAUCACGGCUUCAAUUUUUGAAAUGCAGAAUAAUUAGAAGCACUAUCUAGUGAAUAUAAGAUAUCUAUGAACAAAACAUGUCAUGUUUUUAUUUUUUUAAGAUGUCAAGUUCACUGGCAAAAACAGAGAAGAACCUUAAAUACUCCCGAAAAUUUGCUUGUAAAAGUUGAUGGUAAGUUAGCGUAUUGAGGCAAAGUAUGAUUUUAUAGUAUUACAGUUUAUCUACUGUAGUUCUAACGUUUUGAAUAGCUGGAGGGUGAGUAGUCACAGAGUAAGAUACGAAAUUAACCCUUCAGCUAUUCAAAAACUGCACUGACACUCAAGAGAAGCUCAGAUUGAACUUCCACUCUUUGAGACUGUGAGUGAGCUUUUGGAAUACAGGCGUUUGCCUUCAACAGGCUUAUAAAUAAGUGAAUGCUUUGGGCCGGUAUUGAGAGCCAAAACCACGAGUUGAAAGGCUGGUUUUUGUGGCGCGGUCGUCAAAGCAAGUGUCAAACGUUUUCUAACCAUUUUCUUCUAUUCCAGCCGCAGACCGUCUCGACCUAAAUAUCACGAGCUCUCUCAUUGCUAUGAUACAAAACACGCUGAAGAACUGGUCUGAAGAUUACUAUGGCCCAGCCUUCCUGGACUCAUCGCCCAGCAAGCGGGAUCCAGGCCCUCAGCAAGAUGAUGUGCCGUCAGAAUCGAGCUCAACGGAAGUUGUUGCUGCCGGGCAUUUCAGAAAGCGAGCGCCGUUUGUACCGUUCUUGCUACGAAACGAAACAGGUAGGAUAAACCGUUAGUUUUUCUUGAACAAAAAUGACCAAUAGGUUGACUAGCUAACUAAUUGUAUUUACUUGAUACCUCUACCAGUUCUAAUAUGUCUAGGUGUAAACUAAUAUGUCUAGGUGUCCAGUAAAGAUCUCAAAGUCAUUAGUAAUUCAUGAGUCCUAGCAUUGGAUCGAAGUUGAUUCAGUCCUUGGUUGGAUUUUAAGUAUGGAUAAUAAAAUAAAUGGAUAGGAAACUAGCUGACGUGACCUACUGGACUGAUGACCACUGGACUGAUGGCGUGUUUGGAUGCCUCAACCUAGUUGAAAACCAAAUUCUCAGAAACGGCAUGUUUAGCAAUAAUACAGCUAAACAUUUCAGUCCAAGAGCAAAUAAAUAUAACCACGCCAUUCUACGAUUAAAACUAUAAAACGAUUAAGUAUUCCCAGUCAAUUUUAGCAAAUAUUUCAAGCACUAAAUAGUGAAAACUACAUCGCAAAUUCCGUUAAAAUUUGUGACGCCAAUUUCGUAGCUACAAAUGUAAAAAAAUACAAAACAAAGACGAAAAACAUUUACCUUGAAUACUUUGUCGUGACUUAGGCAUGUUUUUAAAACAAUUAGACUAGUUUAUGCUUCAAUAUCACCCUUUUAAAGUGGAAAAUAUAGCAAAACAACAAAAAUGCCGAGAACUUUGGUAAUAUUCGCAACACGCGUGACGUCACGUUUUUUCAACAAGGUUGCGGCCAAUGACGUCAGAAGUUUCCUAUCCAUUUAUUUUAUUAUCCAUGCUUUAAGUAGUGAUUAUUUAUUCGUAUGAGAUCCAAAUCCUCCAAUGUAUGAUUCCAGCUAUCAGACUAAAUUUUGAUCUAGGCAAGAAGAACAAAAUCCAUCACCACAGCUAGGAAGAGCAUGUUAAAAUUAGUAAAAUUGCAAAGCUUGGUGGCAAAAUGUUGUAAAUUUUACUAACUUUUUAACAUGCUCUUUCUAGCUGUGGUGAUGGAUUUUGUUCUUCUUGCCUAGAUCAAAAUUUAGUCUGUAGCUGGAAUUGCCCAUUCCGUCUGGCUAGAUUCCAUUCUGUCUUUCUUUCAGGUUGUUCCUUGCAUUUCGCAACGGUGACGUCAUCACCUUCGAAGGUUGUCAUGACAACGACAGGUCUGGUAUUCUCAGGACGUGUACAUAACUCGAACAUCAGUGAUUCGUCGAAGAAACUCUCUGAAUGGCGAGAAUUGUUACCUGGGGACGAAGUUCCCUUCGAGUUCAAGCAAUCACGUGAAAAACAAAGACACAAGGUGCGUUGAACAUGUUUAGAGAUUAAUUUAUUGUUGGUCCAGUAUUACCACAGGAGGAACUAUUUCUAUUUAAACUCAAUAGCUAUAUCAGAUCUAAACUUAUUAGUUUUGUGGUAGAAGGAAAUCGAAAUACUUGGAGAAAAUCUGCACGGUUUGGUAGAGGCAAAGUGGAAGCAUUCUUAUACAUGUGACUGAGAUGAAAUUAUUGUCAGACAACAACUCCACAUCGCAGGAAUCGAAUUCCCAUACCCGAGUUGUAAGAGAAAUAAGGGUUGUUUACCAUUUACAUGGAAAUUCCGGUGAUUCCAUACGGAAAGUAAAUGGAACAAGCAUAUUUCGACGGCCCAACCGGAACUUUUCCGGAAUGAACGGUUUGUUUGAAAAGGUUGUCCUCUCUUACCGUUUGGAACGUUUCAACCAGUGAAUUUUGUUCCAUUUACAUUUUUUAAUUUUUUUUCACCAGUUCCAGGCUCUUCGCGAUUUAAUUCAAACCGAAUAGGUUUUCCAUGUAAAUGGUAAACAAUCCUUUAGUGCCUUCCGGUCACUCACUCUAAAUGGAAAGCGCAUAAUCCGAAUGGGAUUUUCUAUCCGAAAUUUUGCUUACCAUUAGCACAAUUUCAAAUCGGAUGGGUUUUCCAUGUAAAUGGUAAACAACCAAGAACCUAGAUUUUUCCAAGCCUAAACAGGUUCUUGACUAGGUUUUAUUUUCCUGUUUUCAGUAGGUAAGAUAUAAUUUUAAUUUAUAGACAUACACAAUGUAUCUCCAAAAUAACAGUACUUCCAUUACUUGAUAUGGCAAAUAUGCUAUUUUCAUUGGUUCGUAAAGAUUUAGUUUGGACUCUGUUUGUAAAAAUAAGAAACUUCUUUAAAAUUCUAACAUUCACCAACCGCUCUGUGACUACCUUCAAUUCAAUUUUCAACAACUAUAGACAUUCUUUCUUGCAGGAAACUCACGAGUUAAAGGUUCAUCAACUCGUUGUUCAGCUGGAAGGUUGGGAACAAGUCUCGCCAGUCUCCGUGGAUAAAGUUGGCGCGUUCUUCAGACAAGCUAUGCCAGCAAAAGGCGGUAGCAAGGUUAGUUACAUGGAAUAUAAUACCGUUUAGUUAUAUAGCAAAACCCAACACUGUAUUUUUAUUAUAUUAUUUUCACACCGAUAAUGGUACAGUAAUAGAGUUAAAAUACCUCGGGGUUCGCUGGUUCAAGGUAUUUACCUGUGUCACACAGUUACUCGAAUGGCAAUUUUGCCCCGUACUUGAGAUGGUACAUUUCAUGCCAGUCUACAUGACCAUCAUUUUGGGUAGGGCACGUGCCAAAAUUUAAACGCGCCGUGCCCGAAAUGAAUAUGGCGCUUAAGCAUGUAGAACGGCAACACGACGGCGACGGCAACCAAUACAAUGAGUCAAUGAAAAGAUGUAAAUAAUUAAAGUCCCAGGGGAGUUUCAAACGUAUAUAUAGCCUAGUUGUCGCUCUGUUACAACGGCAAAUCACAGAUUUUCGCGUCUUUUAUACAACGCCUGCAUUUCAAGCCAUCACAAGUGCAACUUGAAAUUCGGUUCAGUAGAACUCUUUCCAAACAUAAAGCCAAUGUUUUCAACUUCUUAUACUGUAUUAAAUUCAUACAAAUUAUAAUAUACAACAAGUUUUCUUUACAAUCAUUUAUUUGAAGGAAUUUGUUUUGGCCGUCGUCGCCGUCCUACAUGCUUAAGCUCCCUAAUGUCGUGUAAACGGGCCUUCACACGACACUUGUGCGAUUUCCUUCUUCUAAUGGAUAUGAACGAGUAAAUAUGUUAUGAAUGUUCAGAUGAGGGAACACGUACUUGAAACAUUCAUAACUCAAUUACUCGUUCACAUGCGUUAGAAGAGGAAUAUCACAAAGUCACUCUUUCUGAAAGAUUUUUAUUCAGUAACCUAAAACUCCGCUUGGAAAAUGGCUGGUCGUAUGGUACCAGAAAAAUGUAAGUACGCAGAUACCGACAGUACAUGCGUACCUAUACGUGGUACUUGGUUAAAAACAAAGAAGUACCAAACUUUAAUAUUGCCAUACCGCUUGUACAUAAGUACCGCUUGUACAUAAGGUUAUUUUUGUUACCUCUAUUUUGCAUUCUUUUGCAAUAAGCACUAAUUUUAAAUUUGUUUUCCAGUCAGUUCGUUUGAAUCCAGCGAGGGUUGUGUUUGAUAUCAAACUAGAAAAUGGAGCUCAGAAAGUCGUCACUGUCAAAUCUGCCUUGGUCUUGAAAAACAAGACAGACUUUCCUCUAGAAGUAAAACUAGAGUUGCCAAAAGGUAUUGUGCUGGCUACUACUUUAACAAUUGUGCUGAUCACUCCCCGCAUGAUCAAUGAUAGUUUAUUUAGAUAUAUCAUUGCAGCCAAAAUGGCUGAAUUGUAUGUAAAUUUACAUGAUAUAAAAGUUAAAAGUGAUUACAAUAUAGUGAUAUGCUAAUUUUACAUGUAAUAUCCAACAACUAAAUAUAUCAGGAUUAUAAAGUUUUCCUGCUUGAAUUACUAAAUAUAAAACUAUUUUUUGUCUAUAAGUUCUUUGAAUGUUUGCAUGGCGAUAAAAUAUAAUUGUUUUUGUUUGUGGAAACACCACGUAAAUUUAUUACUGCAAAGCUUUCGAUCCGUAAGCCCGGAUCUUCAUCAGUGCUAAUAAUAUGUGACUUGUUGACAACAAGGUUGUUCCUAAAGGAUUACGCAUCUCAACGCAAUAUCAUACUAAGUAUGCGCGAAAGAUCUUGAUGAAAGCCGAGUUGGCAUUAGUAAGAGAACGAAUUGCUUGGACUCGUAGACAGUUAUGCAGAGUGGAUGACGUAUUUUAUCUUUGAAUGAAGAAUUGUGGAUGACUUUAAAUGAAGAACAUUAUGCGACAGCUAAAAGAAUGAUCUCUGCGUCUUCUACGAAAACUUUCAACAAAGCACGUUCCACUCAGAUUGCCAAAUUCACAAAAUUGACGUCCUUUGGUCGGACGCAUCGCAGACAAGAAGAUUUGGCCAGUCAUCCACUACAACGCACCGUUAUCAAUAUGAGUGCUAGAAGACUUACGCCGGUUGAAGAAGAUGUCUUGGCUCUUGGAUUAAAUUUCGCUGUGGUACCCCGUGUUCUUCCUAAAGAAGAAUUCGUACAACGUUUGGAACCGAAGUUAUACCACAUGACGAACGAUGAAGCUAGUAACAUCCGCGUCCAAAUCACCGAGGUUCUACGACGUGCAACGCUUCCAGCUUCGAAUUUAACCAAGAAUAAGAAGGAUGCAUUGAAAAACUUAAGAGCAGAUUAG